GUGUUGAAAAAUCUCCCAGGACUUUGGAAAGCUGAAUGGACUAAACAUGAAGAGUUUGAAAGCGAAGUUCAGGAAGAGUGAUACCAACGAGUGGAACAAGAAUGAUGACCGCCUGCUGCAGGCUGUGGAGAAUGGAGACUCGGAGAAGGUGGCCUCUCUGCUGGGCAAGAAGGGGGCCAGCGCCACCAAGCAUGACAGCGAGGGCAAGACCGCUUUUCAUCUUGCAGCUACAAAAGGACACGUGGAGUGCCUCAGGGUCAUGGUUGCCCAUGGUGUGGACGUGACUGCCCAAGACACUACCGGACACAGUGCUUUACACCUGGCAGCCAAGAACGGACACCACGAGUGCGUCAAGAAGCUCCUUCAGUCUAAAUGCCCAGCCGAAGGUAUUGACAGCUCUGGGAAAACAGCUUUACAUUAUGCAGCGGCGCAGGGCUGCCUACUAGCUGUUCAGGUCCUCAGCGAACACAAGAGCCCUGUAAACCUCAAAGACUUGGAUGGGAAUAUCCCGCUGCUUCUUGCAGUACAAAGUGGCCACAGUGAGGUCUGUCGCUUUCUCCUGGAUCACGGAGCAGAUGUCAAUUCCAGGGACAAAAACGGAAGAACUGCUCUCAUGCUGGCUUGUGAAAUUGGCAGCUCUACCAUCGUGGAAGCCUUAAUUAAAAAGAGUGCAGACCUAAACCUUGUAGAUUCUCUUGGACACAAUGCCUUACAUUAUUCCAAACUCUCAGAAAAUGCAGGAAUUCAAAGCCUUCUAUUAUCGAAAAUCUCUCAGGAUGCUGACUUAAAGACCCCAACAAAACCAAAGCAGUUGAGUGACGUGUCUUCCCCAAGAUCAAUAACUUCAACACCACUUUCGGGAAAGGAAUCAGUAUUUUUUGCAGAAGCACCCUUCAAGGCUGAGAUUAGUUCUAUACGAGAAAACAAAGAUAGACUAAGUGACAGUACUACAGGUGCCGAUAGCUUAUUGGAUAUAAGUUCUGAAGCUGACCAACAAGAUCUUCUUGUGCUGUUGCAAGCAAAAGUUGCCUCCCUUACUUUACACAACAAGGAGUUACAAGAUAAAUUACAGGCCAAAUCACCAAAGGAGGCAGAAGGAGACCUAAGCUUUGAUUCUUUCCAUUCUACCCAGACUGAUGUGGCCCCACCCCUGGGCAAACCUAGUGAGGCCUCUUCCCCAGACUCCAAAUCAUCUCCAUCUGUCUCAAUGCAUUCUUUGGGGAAACCCACUCUUGACAGUGAUGUUAGAAUUCAGCAACUACAAGAGAUUUCACAAGACUUGCAGAAGAGAUUGGAGAGGUCGGAAGCAGAGAGGAGGCAGCUACAGGCUGAACUCCAGUCCCGAAGGACAGAACUGGUAUGCUUGAACGACACAGAGAUUUCAGAGAAUGGCUCAGACCUCAGUCAGAAACUUAAAGAAACUCAGAGCAAGUAUGAGGAGGCAAUGAAAGAAGUCCUGAGUGUUCAGAAGCAGAUGAAACUGGGUCUCUUGUCUCAUGAGGGUGUAGAUAGCUAUUCACAUCUCCAUGAGCUGAAGGUCACAGACAGGGACAUAGAUAUGCUAAAGCAGGAUCUGCAGAACGCAUUAGAAGAAAGUGAAAGAAAUAAAGAGAAAGUGAGAGAGUUAGAGGAAAAACUUGUGGAGAAGGAAAAAGGUGUAGUGAUUAAGGCACCUGUGGAAGAGUAUGAGGAAAUGAAAAGUUCAUACUGCUCUGUUAUUGAGAAUAUGAAUAAGGAGAAAGCAUUUUUGUUUGAGAAAUACCAGGAGGCCCAAGAAGAAAUCAUGAAAUUAAAAGACACACUAAAAAGUCAGAUGACACAGGAAGCCAGUGAUGAAGCUGGGGACAUGAAAGAGGCCAUGAACAGGAUGAUAGAUGAACUCAAUAAACAGGUAAGUGAGCUGUCGCAGCUGUACAAAGAAGCCCAGGCUGAGCUGGAGGAUUAUAGGAAGAGGAAGUCUCUAGAAGAUGUAGCAACUGAAUACAUCCACAAAGCAGAGCAUGAGAAACUGAUGCAGGUGACAAAUGUGUCCAAGGCCAAAGCGGAAGAGGCACUGUCUGAAAUGAAGUCCCAGUAUUCAAAAGUAUUAAAUGAGUUGACCCAGCUCAAGCAAUUGGUGGAUGCACAGAAAGAGAACUCUGUGUCCAUCACAGAACAUUUGCAAGUGAUAACCUCACUGAGGACAACUGCGAAAGAGAUGGAAGAGAAGAUAAGCAGUCUUAAAGAGCACCUGGCGAGCAAAGAAGUGGAAGUGGCAAAAUUGGAGAAGCAGCUCCUAGAGGAGAAAGCUGCUAUGACUGACACAAUGGUACCCAGGUCUUCCUAUGAAAAGCUCCAGUCAUCCUUGGAGAGUGAAGUGAGUGCAUUGGCAUCAAAAUUAAAGGAUUCAGUAAAGGAGAAAGAGAAGGUCCAUUCAGAGGUUGCCCAGGUUCGAAGUGAGGUAUCACAAAUGAAAAGGGAAAAGGAAAACAUUCAGACUCUUUUGAAAUCCAAAGACCAAGAAGUAAAUGAACUUCUGCAAAAAUUCCAGCAAGCUCAGGAGGAACUUGCCGAAAUGAAAAGAUAUUCUGAGAGUUCUUCAAGACUGGAGGAGGAUAAAGAUAAAAAGAUAAAUGAGAUGUCAAAGGAAGUCACCAAAUUGAAGGAGGCCCUCAACAGCCUCUCCCAGCUCUCCUACUCAACAAGCUCAUCCAAAAGACAGAGUCAGCAGCUGGAAGCGCUGCAACAGCAGAUCAAACAGCUCCAGAACCAGCUGGCUGAUUGCAAGAAACAACACCAGGAGGUCAUAUCAGUUUAUAGAAUGCAUCUUCUGUAUGCUGUGCAGGGCCAGAUGGAUGAAGAUGUCCAGAAAGUACUGAAGCAAAUCCUUACCAUGUGUAAAAACCAGUCCCAAAAGAAGUAA